CGAGGAUACUUUAAUUUAAAUGUGGAUCCAUCAUAUGAUAUUGAUUCUGGCUUUGAUUUUUUUAAAUUUCAUAUCUAUAUCAACUCAGGAGAAUUUGUCUCGUCCAGGUAUUACAAAUCAAUACAACCUUCUUACAAGUCAAAAAGUUGCAAUUAAACCUAUAAAUAAUGUACUUGAUGAUAACAAACCUGGUAUGUUUGAUAUUCAGAAAAAUAGUUUUGUCCAACAUAAUUUUAAUAAAAUAAAAAAUUUAUAUAAUGAGCCUUUUACUUAUGGCAAUCCAUCAAAACUAGUUUAUGUUUUAAUUUUUUUGUUUUUGAGUUUUGUAAUAUAUUUUAUGUGCUGUCGUAAAUCAAAACAUGAUGACAACAGAAAAAGAUCCAGAUUAAAUAUUUUCAGACGGUUUGCAGCCUAUUUGAUCGAGGGUAGGAAAGAUCAGAUCCAAAAGAGAAGACCAAAUCCUCAAUACCAACAAUUGAUAGAAAAUUCAGAAACCUUAUAGAAUUUUUUUUUAUAUAUUUUUAUAAUUUCAGUAUAAAAUGCGUUUUGAAAAGGGUUCUCGGGAUAUGUAUAAUGGAUCAAAUUAAAUUAACCUGUCAAAAUUAAAUAGAUCUCUAAUACCCUAUUUGUGUCAAAAUCUAUUCGGCUCAAUUUUUUUAAAAUAAUCUAUAAAUAGUCCGCACUAAUUAUAUCAUAUAAUUUGAUAAUUUUAUGAAAUUGUUAAUGAUAUCAAUGAGCAUUGCAUAAUUACAUCCUUAUAUACAUAUUUUAUAUUCAACCUUAUUUUUUUCUUAUCGGGAUUUUAUAUUUAUACCUACCUCUUGAUUCUAAAAUUUAUUCCCCUUAUAAUUAAUUUUUAUUCUAUACUCCACUGUUUCUCAUUAUUUUAAAUAUUAUUCCAAAUUUUUUUAGCAAGGUUUAAAUGUGUAAAUUUAUUAUGUUUAGAAAAUUUGUAUAUUUAAUUUAAAUUUGUAUGA